AGCAAUCGUUGUCGGUGUUGAAGCAUUUGCAUUAGAAUUCUUAAUAAUUUUUUUUUUAAAGCGGUUUUUAAACGUGACCUCGGGUGAUUGCUACGCGAGUCCCGCACUGAGGAUUGCACCUGUAGAAAAAGAGAAUUCUGGUCUAAGGUGUAGAGCGAGAGGGAUAACAACAGAGGGAUCGUAAAACGCCGGUACGUCGCCGGGGAAAAGCAACAAACAUAGCAAACAAGAAGCAAUAACAAUGUCGUCGGCUAGGGACCUCAUUAAAAUAGACAUAGAAUGGGGCAUGGAGCGCCUGGUGCGGGCCCAACAAGUGGUAGAGUUGCGGCCCUAUGACAUAGAGUCUUGGAGCGUAAUGAUUCGCGAGGCACAAACCCGUCCCAUUCACGAGGUGCGCAGUCUCUAUGAAUCUCUGGUUAACGUCUUUCCAACGACCGCCCGUUACUGGAAGCUUUACAUUGAGAUGGAGAUGCGCAGCCGGUACUACGAACGCGUAGAGAAACUCUUCCAACGUUGCCUAGUCAAGAUCCUGAACAUUGACCUCUGGAAGCUCUAUUUAACAUACGUAAAGGAAACUAAGUCAGGACUUAGCACACACAAAGAAAAAAUGGCUCAGGCUUAUGAUUUUGCGCUGGAAAAGAUCGGCAUGGAUCUGCACUCGUUCAGCAUCUGGCAGGAUUACAUUUACUUCCUGCGUGGCGUUGAAGCCGUCGGUAACUAUGCAGAAAACCAGAAAAUCACCGCUGUACGCCGCGUCUACCAGAAAGCGGUAGUCACCCCUAUCGUUGGCAUUGAACAGCUGUGGAAGGAUUACAUCGCUUUCGAACAAAACAUCAAUCCGAUUAUAUCGGAGAAGAUGAGUCUGGAGAGAUCCAAAGACUACAUGAACGCCCGCCGCGUGGCCAAGGAGUUGGAAUACCACACAAAGGGCCUCAAUCGCAAUUUGCCUGCCGUCCCACCCACGCUCACCAAGGAGGAAGUGAAGCAGGUGGAGCUGUGGAAGCGCUUUAUCACGUACGAAAAGUCUAAUCCGUUGCGCACCGAAGACACAGCUCUAGUCACCCGUCGAGUUAUGUUCGCCACAGAACAAUGUUUGCUGGUGCUCACCCACCACCCUGCUGUGUGGCACCAGGCAUCCCAAUUCCUGGAUACCAGUGCUCGCGUGCUCACCGAGAAAGGCGACGUUCAGGCGGCAAAGAUAUUUGCGGACGAGUGCGCCAAUAUACUAGAACGCUCAAUAAACGGCGUACUGAACCGGAAUGCUUUGCUCUAUUUUGCCUAUGCAGACUUUGAGGAGGGACGGUUGAAGUACGAGAAAGUGCACUCCAUGUACAAUAAGCUCUUACAGUUGGCUGACAUUGAUCCCACACUGGUCUAUGUCCAGUACAUGAAGUUCGCUCGCCGUGCGGAGGGCAUAAAGUCGGCUCGUGGCAUCUUCAAAAAGGCGCGUGAAGACGUUCGGUCGCGCUAUCACAUUUUUGUGGCAGCCGCUCUGAUGGAGUACUAUUGUUCGAAAGACAAGGAAAUCGCCUUCCGCAUUUUCGAGUUGGGACUAAAAAGAUUUGGAGGCAGUCCAGAGUACGUGAUGUGCUACAUUGACUACCUUUCCCAUCUGAACGAAGAUAACAAUACGAGAGUCCUAUUCGAACGCGUGCUCAGCUCGGGCGGUUUGUCGCCGCAUAAAAGCGUGGAAGUAUGGAAUCGCUUUCUGGAAUUUGAAUCCAACAUCGGAGAUCUUUCCAGCAUCGUCAAGGUUGAACGUCGCCGCAGUGCCGUAUUUGAAAACCUUAAAGAGUAUGAGGGCAAAGAGACUGCUCAACUGGUAGACCGCUACAAGUUCCUGGACCUCUACCCUUGCACCAGUACAGAGCUUAAGUCUAUAGGAUAUGCCGAGAAUGUGGGCAUCAUCCUGAAUAAGGUGGGUGGUGGAGUUCAAAGCCAGAACACCGGAGAGGUUGAGGCGGACAGCGAGGCAGUGCCACCCCUUCCACGACCGGAUUUCUCACAGAUGAUUCCAUUCAAGCCACGUCCAUGCGCUUAUCCUGGCGCUCAUCCACUCGCUGGUGGUGUAUUUCCGCAACCGCCAGCUUUGGCGGCGUUGUGCGCCACCCUCCCGCCACCAAACUCCUUCCGUGGUCCCUUCGUCAGCGUGGAGUUGCUUUUUGACAUCUUUAUGAGGCUCAAUCUGCCUGACUCUGCACCACAACCGAAUGGAGACAACGAAUUGUCGCCAAAGAUUUUUGAUUUGGCCAAGUCGGUGCACUGGAUUGUGGACACAAGUACGUACACGGGCGUGCAGCACAGUGUUACAGCUAUUCCACCACGCCGACGGCGUCUAUUGCCUGGUGGCGAUGACAGCGAUGACGAGCUGCAGACUGCCGUACCACCCACCCACGAUAUUUAUCGGUUACGGCAGCUGAAGCGCUUUGCCAAGUCCAAUUGAGAACAGCUCAGCUCAGAGAUCAGAUCAACAGGCAGAUUUCCAAUCAUCUUUUAAAAAAAUAAUGCAUUUACAACAAAUACACGAAAAAAAACA